AAAACGACUAAAAGAAGUCUAAAAAUUGUGAUAUUAUUGAUUAAAUAUUACAAAAAUUUAGCUAAGGUCCUUUUCAGAAGACUAGAAAUAUUUAUUUGGUGACUUGGCUAACCCUCAUACAAGUUACCAUGAACCACUCACAUAGACAAUUGCCACCAAUGGCUCCACAUAAGCGAAAAUUUAGAGAUGAGACAUUUGACUUUUUGAAGCCGUCAAAGACAAUAAAACCACCACCCUCUAAGCAAGCCAAGCCCAUGCCAAGACCGGCUCAUCGUCGAGCCAUGACUCUGAUUAACCCGUCGAUAGAAGCUAUCUCGCCACCGACUCAAUCUAACAUGCUUCUAGCCGAGUACUUGGCUCAUGAGUAUAUAACCAAAGGUACAUUGUUUGGCCGGUUAUAUGAUCCGGCUCAAAAGGCUCCACGAGCUAAUAAUUCGACGACUUUAGCUGAUUUUACGACAAUGAAGGAGCCGAGCCAUGGUUUUGUCAAUCCACAUAAAGAGACGGCUGAGAUAAAGCUAAAGACAUGGAAGAACAAGAACGGGAUUAGCCCACGACUAACUAGGAACCAAAAGUUCAUUGAAGUGUCUAAGUUGCUAGUAAACGGGGCCCAUAUACCGGGCAUUGUUAAUCCGUCACAACUCGAUCAUUUUUUGAAUCUCCAACAAGAGAAUAAAUGAAAAUUUGUAAGGGAUUUAGUUUUAG